AUGAGCGACGCUUUGAAAGAUGCGCCUUUCCAGGCCGUCCAGGUCGAGGCUUUGGUGAUUAUGAAGAUUGCCAAGCACUGCUCCUCGACAUUUCCCACCGUGGCGACUGGAUUUAUUGUUGGUAUGGACCAGAAUGAUGUCCUCGAUGUGACCAACACCUUCCAAUUUCCCACCGUCGAAGGCGCUGUUACCGACGGCCACCAAAACGAUACGUCCCAGAUCGCCGCUGCUGCUCCCCGGCAAAAGUCCAACAUUUCCUAUCAAAAUGAGAUGAUCAGACACUUGAAGGAAGUCAACGUCGAUGCCAACAAUGUUGGAUGGUACACCAGCGCCACCAUGGGCAACUUUGUCAACAUGGGCUUCAUCGAGAAUCAGUAUCACUACCAAAAGGACAACGACCGAGCCGUCGCCCUCGUCUACGAUACCAGCAAGAGUUCUCAGGGCAACUUGACUCUGCGAGCAUUCCGUCUUACUACUGCAUUUAUGACUGCUUACAAGGAGGGCAAGUUUACCACAGAGAUUCUUCAAAAGUCGAAGCUCACCUUCCGCGAUAUUCUGGCCGAGCUGCCCAUCAAUGUGCACAACUCUCAUCUCCUCACUUCAUUCCUCCACCAGAUCCCCGCCCGUCCCGAGGAAGACGAGAUUGAGCAACCCAACUCGCUGUCAGACCUCAAGAGAGACUCUGUCAAACCUCCUCUGUACCCAUCCAUCGACAGCCUCGACCUCUCCAUCGAUCCUUUCCUUGAGAAGACCUGCGACCUUCUCCUCGAGAGCAUCGAGUCCCACUAUACCGACCUCAACAACUUCCAGUUCUACCAGCGCCAGGUUACCCGUGAACAGGCCAAGAUUUCUCAGUGGCAAGCGAAGCGAAAGGCCGAGAAUGCUCAGCGAGUCGUUGCUAAGCAGCCACCUCUGCCCGAGGACGAAUGGCAGCGACUAUUCAAAAUGCCCCAAGAGCCUAGCCGCCUAGAGGGCAUGCUGAACGCCAAGCAGGUUGAACAGUACAGCAAGCAAGUAGAUGGGUUCACAUCUAAUGUUACGGCCAAGAUGUUCGCUGUCCGGGAAAACUUGAUGCCUCAGUAA